AUGGACGAAUGGUGGUGGUGGAUUCUGGUAGCGACCCUGUCGCUGUGUGCGCUGAUUCUAAGCUCGUGUGCAAUCUAUUUUGGAGCAAGAAUAUGUGUGCGACAAAUCAAGAGGAAAGUCAAAUAUUCAGAGGUGCCAACUUCGGUUCCGGAGAUCAAAGUCAGCGUUCCGCAAAGUACAUCAACGUUGUCGAUCAGCAAAAUGAAUGGGUCAUAUCGUGCGCGGGUGCUCAGUAGGAACGGAUGCUCACCGCCGUGGAUGGAUCGGGGAUUCGAUUUGUCGAAUCGAAGUACGCCGUGUACGUCACCAGCAAUAGGCUCAACCUCCGAUAGCACCGACCAUCUCGAUGAUCCACGAUCCGCCUCAUCGUUACGAAAUUCGAUGUUCCUUUUCAAUGUGGAUGGGAAUCACGAAGUGAUGGAUGAGAUGGAGGACAUUGACGAGCGAUCUGUGAUGCACUACGAGUUGGGUUUUUACGAUAAGUCGGAUGAGAGUUGCAUUCGCGGAACGAUCACCUUUGCGCUGAGAUACGAUUUCAUUCACAGGGUACUCAUGCUUCACGUAAUCCGUGCCAACAACCUUCCUGUAGAAGACAAGGGCACCACUGUGGAUCCCUAUGUAAAAAUGUAUUUGCUACCGGAGCGACGUGGUCACUGCAAGACAAGGAUUUGUAAGAAGAAUAAUGAUCCGGAGUUCAAUGAAAUGUUCUCGUUCGACGUCACAUUCAACAACUUGGCUAAUCGAAUGCUUCAGUUCACUGUCUACGAUUUCGAUCGAUUUACUCGCCAUGGUCUCAUUGGCAAUAUCAUAAUGCGCGACCUCUUCGAAAAAUCCGACUUGUACACCUGGACCGAAUACACUAUGCACAUUGUUGGAAGCCAGAACAAGAACGACUAUGGAGAUCUGCUCCUGUUCUUAACCUACUCACACCAGGAGGAGAAAUUGUACAUUAACGUAUCGAAGGCGUACAACUUGAGACCGAUGGAUAUCACUGGAGCGUCGGACCCAUAUGUGAAAAUCGAGCAAACGUUUAAUGGAAAACGAUUUAAAUCAAAAAAGUCGUCAACAAAACGAGCGAACUUGAAUCCAGUGUUCCAUGAGACACUUGUAUUUGAUAUUCCAGCAUCCCAAAUCGCUGAAACUAACAUGCUGGUGCAAGUGAUGGAUUGGGAUAGAAUAGGAAAAGAUGAUCUUCUUGGCUGCUGCAUCCUUGGGAAGGAUAGUCCAACGACAGAUGGAAAAUCCCAAUGGGAAAGUUGUUUGACGGCAGUUCCAGAGGAAGGACAAACGAAAAACAAACCAGUCAUGCAAUGGCACAGUCUCCUUUCAGAAGUUCCAGAAGCAUAUAAGAGCAUGCCAAAGGCCAAAAAAUAA